AUGGCAGUCGAACAAGCGACAAACGCUCCAAUCAUACAUGGGAUUCAACCGCCAACGGGUUUGGAUCUGAAAUCAAGAAAUAAAGCCGAGAAUUGGAAGGCAUAUAAACAACGCUGGGAGAACUACAUAAUUGUGACACAGCUAGACAAACAACCAGAAGAAUAUCGAGUCGCAUUAUUCAUAUACUGCAUAGGACAAGAAGCCGUGAAAGUCUACAAUAGUUUCGAUCUAGCGCCCGAGGACAAACGCAAGUUGGUAAAGAUUAUUGACGAGUUUGACAAGUAUGCGAUUGGCCAAGUUAAUGAAACGUAUGAAAGAUACAAUUUCAACAGCCGUGCCCAACAAGACGGGGAAACUAUUGAUGAGUACGUCGCUAAACUAAGAACAUUGGCACAAACAUGUGGUUUCUGCGUUUGCCUGCACGAUUCACUUAUUCGCGAUAGAAUUGUGCUGGGGGUAGCCGAUGCUAGUACACGGAAACGACUGCUACAACAUUCGAAAUUGAAUCUACAAGAAAGCAUUGAAAUAUGCCGAAGUUUUGAAGCGACUAAUUUGCAGAUUAGACAGAUGGGCGAACAGAAUAAAUUAGACGAAGUAAACAAAGUUCAAUCAACCAAAUCGAGAACAAAGGGGGACGGAGCACGGAACAAAGCAAACUAUGGCGAAUUCAAACAAGAGUCAAUACAAUACAAAGCGUGUGGAUAUUGUGGUAGAAAGCACAAGUUUGGACGAGAAUCGUGUCCAGCGUGGGGUGAGACGUGUAAUUCGUGUGGAAAGCGGAAUCGUUUCGCAAAGCAAUGCAGUAAUUUCAGUAAUUUCAAUUCAGUAAUUUCAACAAUUGCAAAGAUUUUCGAGAAAAUUGUCUAUACACAAAUACUUGAUUAUUUAGACGAAAACUGUAUCAUAUCACCAAACCAGUCAGGGUUUCGAUCACUCCAUUCAACUGAAACUGCACUACUGAGCUUAACAAAUGAAUGGUUAAUAAACAUGGACCAAGGUCUCAUUAAUGGUGUACUAUUCUUAGACCUAAAAAAAGCAUUCGAUACGGUGGACCACAAUAUUCUUUUAUCUAAAUUGACAGCUUAUGGAAUAAAGGGUACAGCACACAAAUGGUUUCAGUCAUAUUUAAGGAAGAGGCAGCAAAUAUGUAAAAUUAACAAAACAAAUGUCGGAUAUAAGAACAAUUACCUGCGGAGUUCCUCAAGGGACAAAUCUAGGCCCGUUGCUAUUUCUCCUUUAUAUAAACGAUCUGCCAAAUUGCCUUGUAACAACAAGCGCCACAAUGUUUGCGGAUGAUACAAGCCUAUCAUGUAACGGACUAUCAUCCGCAGAUAUAGAGAGUAAACUGAAUCACGAUUUAGAAAUAAUUCACACAUGGUUAACCGCAAACAAGCUGACUUUAAACCGUAAAAAAACUGAAUACAUGAUUAUUGGCUCACGACAAAAAAUAAAUUCUAUUGGCACAAAUACUACAAACAUAUCAAUCGCAGGCGAGCAAAUAAGACGAGUUGAAAGCACAAAAUCCUUAGGCAUAAUUAUAGAUGAACAAUUAAAAUGGGAAGAACAUAACAGUAAACAAUGUAAAACAAUCUCAGCACGUAUCGGAAUGUUAAGAAGAGCCAGAGAUUUUGUUACACAAGAUGUUUUAAUUACAAUGUAUAAUUCACUUGUAUUUCCUCACUUUACCUACUGCUCAACUGUGUGGCAUGGCUUUCGCGCUGAUCACAUUAAUAAAUUAUAUAAGUUACAGAAAAGGGCUGCUCGUGUAAUAACAGGAUCCAGUUACGACAUACGAUCAACUAACAUUUUUGAAACCUUAAACUGGAGACCUAUAAAAGACAACUUAGACGAGCGCGACCUUGUAAUGAUAUUUAAGGCCCUUAAAGGUCUAGUGCCCGACUACCUAAUGCAGACAAUUAACUUGAACGAAAACGGCAACUAUCAAUUACGUAGCAACAAUAGAAAUAUUUACCUACCUAAGCCAAAGACAAAUUUUCUAAAAAAUAGCUUUCCCUAUCGAGGAGCUAUGAGUUGGAAUAACCUACCUAAUCAUAUUAUUGAUCAAGCAUUAAUAGAAGAUGUCUCUGUCAACUCCUUUAAGAAUGCCAUGUAAAUAGUUUAUGUAAGUGGCCUGUUUUUCUCGCUUUUAGAUUUCCUUUUUUUUUCUCUUUUUUUCUCUCUCCAAUUAUGUAAAUAUUUUAAUGAACUCACGGCCCUUUGAAAAACAGAUGUACUUCUGAAAGGCUACCGUGAUUAAAUAAGAUUAAAUAAUAAUAAUAAUAAAUAAUAAUAACAACGCAGGAGAGACAAUACGAACCAAGUGAAAGAAGCAGACUCGAGCUCUGACUCAGAGUACAUCGAUAGCGUGACUGUGAAACCAGAUAAGAUAAGCUCGAUUAGUCAACAACCAUCGAAAGAAGUAUACGCUAAAAUGAUCGUGAGAGGCAACCCAAUUAAAUUCCAUGUCGAUUGCGGGGCAACCGUAAACGUGUUACCUAUGAAGUAUUUAGCGGGUGAAAACAUCGAACCGACAGAUAGAACUCUACAGAUGUGGAACAAGACUGAAUUAAAGCCAAAGGGAACUUGCCGUCUUACAAUAUGAAAUCUGAAGAAUUUAUGGCAGUUGAAGAGAAUUUGACACCAUUACUUGGGGCUAAAGCGAUUCAACGCAUGGGAAUUGUUGAAUUACAUAAUGAGAACUUUGAACAAGUAGCCCAGGUAAAUACAGGAAUCAAAGACACAACAAGUACACAGUCAGCAACGACAGUGACGAACCGAAUAAUUGAAGAAUUUGCAGACGUGUUCGAAGGAGAAGUGGGUACGCUAGAAGGAGAAGAACAUCUUGAAGUAGAUCCAACGGGACAACCGACGACAGCGCAAUCAAGACGAGUGCCAUUUGCCGUAAAAGCAAAGGUGAAAGACGAGUUAAUGCGACUAACGAAUCUUGAGGUUAUACAGCCAGUUGAUGAACCCACGGACUGGGUCAGCAAUAUGGUCGUGGCAACAAAACCAUCUGGUCAACUACGCAUGUGCAUCGAUCCCAAACAGCUGAAGAAGGCCCUAAAACGUGAGAGGUAUCCCAUACCAGUCAUUGAAGAUGUGAUGCCAGAUAUAGCCAAAGCCAAAGUUUUUACAAAGGUAGACGCGCGGAAUGGCUAUUGGCACGUCAUGUUGAACGAAGAGUCCAGUAGGUUGACGACAUUCGACACGCCGUUCGGGAGAUAUCGUUGA